ACAAGAUUUCGCAUGUUAUUAUAUUGACAGAUGUCAAUUAUAUUUAAAUUUAAGAUAAGAAAACAAAUGUUAUUAAAUAAUUGUGCACUAAAUACGAAUAGCAAGAUUUUACAUUGCAUAUAAAUGUUAUUUCUAGACAUGCCAGUUAUAGGUAUACAUAAACAGGUUGUGUUUGCAAGAUCCAACUGAUUUGUUAUUUUAAAAUUCAAGUUUGUACUUGUAAAAUGGAUGAAAUAAUUGAACUCGAUUCCAGUGACGAAACAAUUGUGUUAAAUCCGUCUGAAAUAGCUAAUUUAGAUAAUGAUUCUAAUAGCACAGAACAAACGGAUGAUCUACUAAGUGAAGCUGAUUUAAUACUUAAAAAAUAUACAUCUGACUUAAAACCUGGUAGUAGUGCAUUUUCAUCACAAUCAAACUUUAAUGAAUUUUCUGAUGAUGAGCCUUCAAGCAAAAAAACUAGAAACUCCAAUGAUUGUGAUGAAAUUAUGAGACAAUUGAAUAGUGAGGAUAAUAUUUUUAAAGAAUUUGCUAAAAAAUACAAGAAAAAAGAGGAUGUACCCAGUACUCAUACUGGUUUAUAUGAUAAACCUAUUUUAUUAAAUAAAGAAUUGGAAGAAAACUUUGACCAAGAUACUGAUUUUUUAACAAAAACAGAUGAUGAUCUAGAAGCUGCUGAUUUGUUGAUGAAAGAAAUUUAUGCAAAAUACAAUCUAGGCAGCAUUAAUUCUAAAACAAGUAGCAGCAAGUCUUCUAUUGAAGAACAAGGGGGAAAUAAAUUAAAAGGUAAAAAACCUUUAUCGAAGAAUGAGAAAGCACUAGAAAGGGAAGCAGCAAAAGUUGUAAGAAUGCAGAAAAAAGAUGAAUUGGCAAGGGAAAAGAGAAAUAAAGAAGCUUUAAGAAUGUUAGAGAAGAAUAUAAAUCCAUCUGAAUGUUUAAAGUUUAUUACAGUUAAUUUUGAUGAUGAAAUAUUUCAACAACCUUAUUGGAAUGUAAUUAUUAAUACUUUGCAAAAUGCUAAUGUAUCAUUUACAAAAAUAGCACAGCCAAUUCCAAAAUUAAUAUCAUGGACCAGAAAAACUAAUUUUAUUGAAAAAGAGAAACUAAUUUCUAAAGACAUUGAAGAACAACAUUUGCUGUUGUUAAUGGACUCGAAAGAUUUUUUAAUCCACAUUAAAGAAAAAACCCUUACGAUUUUCAUACAAAGCAUACAUUCAUUGUUCACAGAGAAAAAACAAUUAUCAUUGGGAGUUUAUGGUUUGGCACAGUACUUUAAGUUUAAAAAAAAUAAGGAAAAAAGUGAUUUUCAAUCGGCAAUAAGGGAGACUGAAAGCAAAAUGCCCAAUGGGUUUAAAGAUUUUCCCAAAGUCGACAGAAAAACAGUUGAAUUUGCUUUGGCUGAGUUGCAAUUGUUUUGUUUGUGUUAUUUUAGAGCUUUGGAAAGUCACGAUGAUGUUUCUGUGUUUAUAAUGGAAUGUACCAAAUCGGUCGCCAAAAAACCUUAUAAAUUAAAAAAGCAAGAAAGCUACCAACAAGAGACUGAAUGGUUUCAAGGUGACAAAAAAGACUGCAUUAGAGUUGAUAAACAUGGAAAUGGUCUUUCUCGGCUAUGGACACAAGUUUUAACAAUGUUUCCUUUAGCGAGACUAGAGACUGCAGAGGCAAUUUCAUCUCUUUAUUCGAAUCCAAAAGCUCUUUUUGAGGCAUACGAUAAUAGCCAAUCAGAACAGGAAAAGGAGCAAUUACUACAAGAACUGAGAGUCAGAAGAGCUGCAGGCCCAAACACGUCUUUUAGAAAAAUCGGACCUGAAAUGAGUAAAAAAGCGUCUAAUUUUUUUAAUUCGCAAGAAAAUGUUUUACUGUAAUUUAAUAAAUUAUAC